AUGAAUAUUAAAGCUGGUCAAUUACAGACAACGGAGGAUUCACCUUCAUCUUCACCGGGGGAAUUUUGGUCAAGUUUACUUCGAAUCAAGGAUUCGGAUGAUGUUUAUGAACCGUUUGUUCAAUGUACAAUUUGUCAACAGAUAUUAUCCUAUGAUGUGAAAAAUGAAACGAAUUCUCUAAAGCUUCAUGUACAAAAUUGCACAAAAAAGAUUAAUCUACCAAAAUCUGCGAUGUCAAUUGAUUGUUAUACAAACAAAAUUGCCACUUUAUCAUCUGAUGAUAAACGAACGAAAUAUGGCUUAAUGAAGACAAUUAAAUCAUCAGCUGAUAUAUUAAUUCCUGAUCGUACUAAUAUAUCACGUACUAUUAAACAAAUUGCAAACGAAUAUCGUUUAAAAAUGAAUGAAAUAUUACGGAAAGAAUUAAAACAAGUAAAACUAAUUAGUAUUAGUAUUGAUUAUUGGAAAAAUAGUUAUACCGGUGAUAACUAUUUAACUAUUAGCAUUCAUUAUAGAAAAGAUAAUAAUCCUGCCACAUAUAUGUUAAAAACCAUUUUAUUUUCAGGAACCAAGAGUGGUGAAAAUACUGUUUGA